AUGGAAGUAACUUCGAAUGUUCUAGAGGAUAUCCUUGUGAAGAAAGUCAAUGUUAUGGAGCCCAUUGUGCAAGUUGUCCAGAUAAAAGAAUGCAAUCAGCAUGAUUUAUAUCGUGCUGCUCUUUCUGAUGGAACUCACUUCAUUCCUGCGAUGCUUGGUAGCAAACUCAAAGAUCUGAUUGAGAACAAGGUCAUUCAGAGGAACAGUUUAAUAAAAUUAUUAAAAUACACAGUUUCAAACAACUCAAAGCAGCCUCUUAUUGUUCUCAAUGCCGAACUACACAAGGAAAUGAACAGUAUCAUUGGAAAACCCCUUGCCUUACAAAUUGAUCGUAAUGACAUACCAAAGCCAGAUCUCUCAGCGCCCAUGACAUCUCCUCAAAGAGGAACCAUCACUGCUUCCCCUGCUUCAGUCACGAACUCCCCCUCAAAAGUCAAGAUGACAGUAUCUCCGACCAGAAGCAACCAAUCGACAAUGCAGAUGACCACGAACAUCCCCAUCGCAAGCUUGAACCAGUAUCUCACGUCGUGGUCAUUAAUUGUCAGAAUAAUUUCGAAAUCUCAAAUGAGACAGUUCCAAGGAUCUCGUCCAGGCAAAUUGUUCUCUAUCAUCAUGAGGGAUAAGAACAAUGACGAAAUCAAAGGAACUUUCUUCAACCAAGAAGCGGAGAAAUUCGAAAAUCUCGUUGAACAAGACAAAGUUUACAAAGUAUCAUGUGGAAGAGUGAAGAAAGCGAACGAAAGAUACAAUUCCACAAAAUCGGAGUUCGAAAUCACUUUCGAUUCGACUUCAUCGAUCAUUGAAAUCCCAGAUGACAAUUCUAUCCCUGCAAAUGUCCUGAAAUUCACCAAGAUCAGUGAUUGCUCGAAAAUGACAGGUAAAACUGUUGACAUCAUUUCAAUUAUUACUUUUAUUGGUGAUUGUCAGACAAUUAAGACCAAAAGUGGCUCUUCUAUCGAGAAAAGGAACAUCACUGUAUCAGAUGAAACAGGUACAAUAGAAGUUACAUUAUGGGGAUCAUCAGCUACAGAAUUCGACCAAAAAGAAUCUGAAAUUUUUUGUGUAAGAAACGUGACAGUUAGUGAUUUUCGCGGUGUUUCAUUAAACGUCGGACAGAGUGCAACAAUCGUUGUAAAUCCGCCGGAUAAUGAUGUGAAGAACAUUAGAAAUUGGUAUGAAUCGUUGAAUGACGAAAAAAAGGAAAAUUUGAAACAAAAAUUGUUGAUUCCUGAUUACGGACAAGCAGCAACGAUUAAUUGUUUAUCGGAGAUUGAUGAGAAACAAAUGUGUAGAACAGAAAACGGAGAAGUUUUUUGUGUAAAUGUGAUGAUCCAAGAUAUGCCGAGUUCAAGGAAACCUGUUUACCAGGCUUGUCCUAAUGAAGCAUGCAGAGGCAGUGGACUCAUUAUUGACCAGGAAACUGGAAAAAUGAUCUGCAAAAAAUGCAAUAAAGAAGUUACGAAUCCGAAGUUGAGAUAUUCGCUUUCUUUGAAUGUUGGUGAUUACAGUGGUUCUGCCUACAUCAAUGUUAUUGGUGAUGAAAACAGUUUCAUGCCACUGAUCAACGUAAAACCAGAAGAAUUCGAAAUCGAUGACACAACAAAACUCAGAACGAUGCUCCUUAAGAAAUCUUUCUUCAGAGCUUUGAGAGUAAAAGUUAGAGGAAAGAACAGCGAAUACGGUGUGAAACUCACUGCAAUUUCAGGCGGAGAAGUAAAUUUCGCUGAAGAGGCUUUACGAAUUGCUAACAACAUUACUGCUUCUUUUGAAUAA